CGGCGCGGCUCGCAGUUGCUGCUGCUGCAGUUCGCGGGACCUGCGCGCUCCCUCCGCGUCCCUCUUUGCGUCCUGCCGGGGUCGGUCGGUGGGGCGGCGCUGCGAGGGCUCUUGGCCGGGCUGGGGGUCCCCCUUUGCGGCUUCCCGAGAGGAAGGGACAACGCAAGAGGCCGGCGAAGGUGGAGUGCCCCUGUGCAUGGAGGUUUCCUGUAGCUAUUUGGCCCUCAUUAAGGAUUCCCCGCUUACCAGGCGAAUGGAAGCUCCAGCGAAGACAGAAACGGAAUUAAUGCGGCCCGUGUGGAGCAGGAGCAAACAGUGUCGGCUGCUUUACCCACAAAUGCUCUUCUGUUUGGGGGCGAUCAGAAUGAAUGGACAUAUUUCAAACAUAUACAGCAGUGCCCCUGGGAGUUAUCCUUCACAAAUAAAUGGAUAUGGGUCACCAACGUUUGCACCGAGUGACCAGAGUUCGAAGACGAGCGCAAAAGCUUUGUACGAGCAAAGGAAGAAUUAUGCCCGUGAUAGCGCCAGCAGCAUCUCUGAAACGUCACAGUACCACGUGGAGCACUUGACCACUUUUGUUUUGGAUCGGAAAGAGGCCAUGAUCACGGUUGAUGACGGGAUCAGGAAACUGAAACUUCUCAGUGCCAAAGGCAAGGUGUGGACGCAAGAUAUGGUUCUCCAAGUGGAUGACAAAGCAGUCAGUCUGGUGGACCUGGAAUCCAAGAAUGAACUGGAGAACUUCCCCCUGGGUACCAUUCAGCACUGCCAAGCUGUGAUGAACUCCUGCAGCUACGAUUCCAUCCUUGCCUUAGUGUGUAAAGAGCCAGCCCAGAGCAAAGCGGACCUCCAUCUUUUCCAAUGUGAUGAGAUUAAGGCUAACUUGAUCCAUGAAGAUAUCGAAAGUGCAAUCAGCGAUAGCAAAGGGGCAAAAUCAAAGAGGAGACUUGAAACACUCAGGAUGAUCUCAAAAGCUGACAGCAGUAUCCCACCGCCUCCCAAAGCGCCAGCUCCCGUUCCCCCAGAUGAAAAACCGAGACAGUUCCACGAACAUGAAGAAACGGCUGAAAUGAUGACGGCCAGAAUCGACAGAGAUGUUCAAAUCCUGAACCACAUCUUGGACGACAUUGAAUACUUUGUCACCAAGCUUCAAAAAGCAGCCGAAGCGUUUGCUGAGCUUUCGAAGAGGAAGAAGACCAAGAAGAAUAAGAAAAAAGGUCCUGGCGAGGGUGUCUUAACUCUUCGUGCAAAGCCUCCAUCUCCAGAUGAAUUUGUUGACUGUUUGCAAAAAUUUAAACAUGGCUUCAACCUUCUGGCUAAAUUAAAAUCCCACAUCCAGAAUCCCAGUGCUCCAGAACUGAUUCAUUUUCUGUUUACUCCAUUAAAUAUGGUGGUACAAGCCACGGGAGGCCCAGAGCUUGCCAGUACUGUCCUUAGCCCUCUGUUAACGAAAGAUACAAUAGAAUUCUUACACUACACAGUCACAAGUGAAGAAGGACAGCUCUGGAGGUCGCUGGGUGACACGUGGACCAAAGCCAGGGCAGAGUGGCCCAAAGAACAGUUCAUCCCACCCUACGUGCCACGGUUCAGAAACGGCUGGGAACCCCCUUUGCUGAGCUUCAUGGGGGCCCCAAAGGAACAAGAGCUCAACCAGCUAGCAGAGUCCGUUGCCAAUGUAGCAGAACAGCAGCGGAAGCAAGAAAUGAAACGGCUGUCAGCUGAGCAUUCCGGUAUCUCAGAUUAUCCUCCGUCUGAUGGGUAUGCAUUCAGUAACACAGCUUACAAGAGAGGGCCUCUGCAGGACCAGGGGGCGGCGGUAGCUGCUUUCAAACAAACUGUUAGCCGACAUGUAGAUAGAAAUUACGAAGCACACGCGAAAGCCCAGGUCAAGAAAUAUGCCAAAACCAAGUAUGACUUCGUGGCAAGAAAUCACAGUGAACUUUCAGUCAUGAAAGAUGACAUCUUAGAGAUCCUCGAUGACCGAAAGCAAUGGUGGAAAGUCCAGAAUGCAAGUGGAGCCGCAGGAUUUGUGCCAAACAACAUCUUGGAACCUCUGAGAUCUCAGGAACUGGGCUGCACAGAACCAUCCUAUGUGCACACUAUACAGAAACAAAGGACAGACUUUGUUCCGAAGCAAGCAGACUACACUCCCGCUGCCCCGUCGCCACCUCAGACGCCCGUUCCUGUCCCUCUGCCUCCAAGUGUGCCAGCACCUGUCCCAGUUCCGGUGCCAAAGGUCCCUGGAGCCAUCAGCCGCCAGAGCAGCACUUCUAGUGACAGCGGGCGAGAUUCCCAAAGGCAAAAGCCCCCACCCAUUGAUCGAAGGAAAUCUCAAAUGGAAGAAGUCCAGGAUGAGCUCGUCCACCGGCUCACUAUUGGCCGGAGCGCUGCCCAAAAGAAGUUCCAAGUGCCACGUUCUAAUGCCCCAGUAGUCAAUAUCAACUAUGACUCCUCUCCUGAAGACGUGAAAAUGUGGCUCCAGGCCAAAGGCUUCAACCCUGUGACCGUCAACAGCCUUGGCGUUCUAACUGGUGCUCAGCUCUUCUCCCUCAACAAAGAAGAACUCAAAACGGUGUGUCCGGAAGGGGCUCGCGUGUACAGCCAAGUCACUGUUCAGAAAGCAGCACUGGAGGCUACCAGCGGAAGCUCGGAAUUGCAGGAGAUCAUGAGAAGGCGACAGGAGAAGCUGAGCGCGGCCGCCUCGGACUCAGGAGUCGAGUCUUUCGAUGAGAGCAGCAGCCACUGAUGCCUUUUCGAUCGAGAGUCCCUGCUGUCCUCGGCACUGCUCCAUCCCGCUAUGUUUUAGGAAGCCAUUCCAAAGGGGAGACGUCUGAUUUCCUAUCUAUGUUGAUACUACUUGAUGCCAUAAGUAAGCAUGCUGUUGAGAAGGCUGGGGGCAGGUGCUGCUGCUCCUCCUUCCCAGUCUAUGUGAAGGAAGUUCUCCCUCGGGGGGGGGGGGGUCCUUAACCAGCACUCUGUAAGGCUGGUUUGGUGGCACUGAUCAUUUCAUGCUUCUUCCCCCCCCCAUUUCCUCCCCCCCUCCCCACGCCUGUCCUUUUGGUUUUAAGCGGGCAAGCAAAAUAACUUAGCUGCUUUCUGUGGAAAGUGAAGCCAGUAGAAGAAAAUGCAUUGAAUCUGGAGGCCUCAUCCAGACACAGUGAAGCUUUUAAAAAAACCCCACUGAUUUUCAGUGCACUUUGAGCAGCCUGCCCUCUGGAAAUCAUUGAGAAUCAAAGAGCUUUGCUUUGACAGGGCCUUCUCUUUGUAUCGCUUCCGUCCCUUUGGCCCGCCGCCCCGGCCUGUUUCCUUCCUCAGCGCUCAGAUGUCCUGAUUGACUUUAAAAGUCCCAAAUGGCAGCAAGCUGAAGCUUCGAAAGUUUCAGCGUCUGAGGCGGCCCUCUUCUUACAAGCACAGACCCGGAUUCCUGUGACACCUCCGUGAGACGGUUUCUUAAUGAAAAUGUGGAUAAUUAAAAUAAUUUAUUCUGGAUUUCAAUUUUUAUUGCUGUCCCAACGGGCGUAACUGGUCAGUGGUCAAGGCACCAGUGGGAAAAGCACAAGGGUUGGGUUUUAACAGGUGGGCGCGGUCGGACUGGGUUGUCGGUCCCGGUGUGGUAGUUCACAGUAUUAUUUUUUUAAAAGAGUGUUGCAAACUGUUUUGCUUGAGCUACACAGGUUGGAAGAAAAGCAAAGUCCAGGUGUUGUUGUUUUUUUGCAAGAGUUGAAUAAGACAGUUAAAGCAAAAAGGUCGAAGAGACUGAAAUGUUCAUUUCCAAUUUAAAUCUUCUGAAACGUGGCAAAUCCAGAUAUAUGAAUAUAUAUAUCUCUUCCAGCAAAGGGGUUGUUUUGGAAAGGGAAAGGGAAUUGGUGACUUAUUUUUUUUCCUCCCAAAAAUGGUCUAUUCUGUCACUUGUAUAUAAAGGCAUCAAAAACCCAUCAUGUCAUCUAGAAGAAAAUAAUCAUCUAGUUUUAUUAAUUUUCAUGGUGCCUUUUUCACAUGAUUCAGCUGCAAUAAACACUAUUUGAUGUA